UUGAGCUCUUCUCUUCUGGAAACUGGACUUUAGAGAAAUGAUGCUGAUCUUUGGACUGAUGCUGCUGCUGCAAACUGCUGCAUGUGUGGAGUGGAAUUGCAGCUUUAAUCAAUCAGAUCCCUGUUACACAGCUCUGGGAGACAAACUCAAUCUGGUGAUGGUGCGGGACGCUAGUGAAUAUGACCUGAAGUUAAAAAAGAGAAUAGACAACAACAAAAAAGUUGAUCAAAUCUGUAGAGUAAAAUAUAGCAACAAGAAGGAAUGUGAUCUUUAUAAUAACAGAACUGAAGUGACAGUCAUUAAUGGGACUGUGUUAAUAAAGCGUGUGAUCAGAUCAGAUUCUGGGAAUUACACAUUAACUCUCACUGACUCAGACGGCAGAGAAACAUCUAGAGAUCUUCAAGUGAUUGUUGAAGCUCCUAUUGGCUCAGUGAAUGUGUCAAUCAUCUGCUCCUCCAGUGGGGUGAUGAGGGUGUCCUGCUCCUCUGAGGGGGAUCAGCUCCUCUACAACUGGACUCUGAAUGGAGGUCCACUGAUGGAUGGAAACAGCAGCAUUGAUCUGGAUGAAGAAACUGAUGGAAACAUCAGCUGCAGCGUGAAGAACCAUGUCAGUCACACACAGAAGACCAUUAGACUCCAACCCUGUCCUGGUCCAGAUCGUUUUUGCAGUUUUAAUCAAUCAGAUUCCUGUUACGCAGCUGUGGGAGACAAACUCAAUCUACUGCUGGUGCGGGACGCUCGAGAUCAAGAGCUGCAUUUGUAUAAGAUGUUAAUGGAUAGCAGAGAACUGGAAGUUUUUAGAAUAAAGAACAAAGAAGAGAAAAAACAUGAAUCCAUAAGAAACAGAUCUGAGUUCAUCUUUGAUAAUGGGACUCUGAUAAUAAACCGUGUGAUCAGAGCAGAUUCAGGAAAUUACAGAUUAGAGUUCUAUCACUCGGAUGGCUCAAGAACAUUUAAAAAGCAUCUACUUAUUAAUAUAGAAGCUCCUAUUGGCUCAGUGGAAGUGACAAUCAACUGCUCCUCCAAUCAGAGGUCAGUGUUCUGCUCAUCUGACGGGGAUCAGCUCCUUUACAACUGGACUCUGAAUGGAGAAAUACUAGAACAAGGACCAAUGAAUGGAAACACCACCAUUCAGCUAAAUGAGGGAACUGAUGGAGACAUCAGCUGCAGUGUGAAGAACCACUUCAGUCACGCACAGAAGACCAUUAGACUCAAACCCUGUCCUGGUCCAGUUCGGUUCUGCAGUUUUAAUCAAACAGAUCCCUGUUACACAGCUCUGGGAGACAAACUCCAUCUGCCGAUGGUGCUGAAUGCUAUAGAAUAUGACCUGAAGAUACGUAAGAAGAUAUACAACACUCAAGAUGAUCCAGUUUGUAGAGUAAAACAAGGCAGGAUAAAGGAAUGUGAUCUUAAUAAUAACAGAACUGAAUUGACAGUCAUUAAUGGGACUCUGAUAAUAAAUCGUGUGAUCAGAGCAGAUUCUGGGAAUUACACAUUAACACUCUCUCACUCUGACGGAACAGAAACAUCUAGAGAUCUUCAAGUGAUUGUUGAAGCUCCUAUUGGCUCAGUAAAUGUGUCAAUCAUCUGCUCCUCCAGUGGGGUGAUGAGGGUGUCCUGCUCCUCUGAGGGGGAUCAGCUCCUCUACAACUGGACUCUGAAUGGAGGUCCACUGAUGGAUGGAAACAGCAGCAUUGAUCUGGAUGAGAGAACUGAUGGAGACAUCAGCUGCAGCGUGAAGAACCACGUCAGUCACGCACAGAAGACCAUUAGACUCAAACCCUGUCCUGUAUAUGUAGUGUCUGUGGUGUUUGUUCUGGUCUGGUGUCUUCAGCUGAUGGUUCUGUUCGGUCUGUUAGGAACUUUUCACAUCUACAUGAGACACACGUCAGGAAAGAAACAAGAAGAUCAGAAAGUGAGAAUGAGAAGAUUUAGAGAGCGACAUGAACACACAGCAGAAGAUUCCUGAGAGUUAAUUGAAUAAAACAAGGAACAGGAAUAAAAUUAAGAGAUUAAAUACAAUUAUUUUUGUAGGAUAAUGUAUUUCAAUCAUCAUUUUAACAUUUGUCUGUAUAUUUUAAAUAAUUUAUUUCAUGACAUCUCUCAAAAGAUUGUAGCAUAGUAAUGGAUAUGGCAGUGUUAAUGUAAUUGGUCAUGUUGAAAUGUAUCUGUCACGCUGCUGCUGUAUUGCUGCCUCUGUUAUUGAUGCUGUUGUAGAUUAUUGCUGCUGCAAAGCAAGUACAGGAACCUGCUACUGCCAAGACAUAUGUUUCUUUUAGCACCAUCAUGUGACCCAUUUUAUAUAAUCCACUAAGUAUUAUACCUGAUGUGGUUUGGAUCUUGUUUCGUCAUUUUUCCUUUUUAAUGUUAGAAUCUCCACUGUUUGUCAACAGAUGAUUCCCCACACAGUGAUAAUAAGCAACAUUUUUCUCCCUCCAGUUGACAGCCUUGAUUUCCCAGGGUUAUUAGCCUAUUUAGAUUUCAUGUUAAAUUCUAGCUAGUUGAUUAGUUCUUAUCACAACAACAUGAUUUAUUGUUGCAACAAAUUUAAUGUUAAUUCUUCUGCUUCUUCUUCUAUCCAUUUCUCCUAGUGUCUGUUUUAGAUUUAUUUUGGUGCAGAAUAAUAGCAUCAGCAUCUUCGCCGAUAAGAGGAAACUUACUCUUAAGAUAUUUUCUCCUUGUGCCAUGAAAAAACUUGUUAAGAGCCAGAACACAGACGAUCUGAAGCAGCGUCACUCUUCUGCUGGGAUUGGACUCUUCUGGAGACUGCACUUUAGAGAAAUGAUGCUGAUCUUUGGAAUGAUGCUGCAAACUGCAAGAGUGUGUCUGCCUCCCGAACAAUGUUAGG